UAAUUAUAGUUAUUACCCAACCCAGAAUAAAAAUAACAGGCUAGAGCAAAACUGUGAAAGAAAGGAUUGGUGCGCCGAUAGUAGCGAUAGUAUCAUAGUCCUUAUUAAUAAAAUAAAGCGGCCACACGUAAUAAGUGCCGCGGUGCUCCCCCCACUUCGGGCGCGACCAUAAAAAGCGAUGCACAUAGCGGGGCAGUCGAAGCGCGCGCCGAGUUCUGCCAAGUUCUGCUGGCGAGCCCGGACCCGGACCCGGACCCGCGUCGACUGGCGUUUUCACGGCGUUUUACGUCACGGUCGCCUGGCCUGGCACAUCGCGACACAUCUCACGUGCGCCCGUGGCUCGUCGCACACGUUUCUCGCGACGAGAUUUUAACGUUGUCGCCGGCGGCAAUCUCGGUGCCUCGACGCACCCGCGGAUUCUGGCAGCCCGCGACUUUCCUCCCGCGGAUCGCGAUGUUUUGAUACGAUCCCAUCUCUCUCCCUCCCUCUCCAUCCUUCUAUCCAGCUGUCUUUUUCUCUCUCCGUUUUUUCCUACCGGAGGACGAGCCGUGAUUCCGUCCCGUCGAAGGUGAGACCGUUCCCCUGUGGACUUUACUCGAGCUCUGCGACUUUUCCCGAGGCCAAUUUCUCCCCGGGGGCUUAUUAUGCUGCUCUCGUCAUCGUCGUCGCCGUCGUGUCGUCGUCGUCGUCGUCGUCUCGUGAUAGAUACGACUCUCUUCAUAUAUACUACGCCACGUAAUUGCUCAAGAAAUCAUAUGAUGCCCACGAAUGAUGACCUGUGUGUCGUUAAACGUUAUUGAGGCAAACACGCUGUGAUGGGGUGGACGAUAUCCCCCACAGCAUGGGUUGUCAUAUGGAGCUGCCUGCUGCCGGGCUUCUACUUAGCUCCGCAGGCACCUCCGAAGCAAGUGCCGUGCGAUAAGACGAGGAAGGUGUUUAUGGACUCAUGGGGAAUCAUCAGCGAUGGGCCCAUGGGCUCCAAUUAUACUCAAGAUUCUCACUGCGAAUGGCUCAUUAAAGCUAACCACAGCCGCCAAUUUAUUACAUUAAGUUUUCGGACAAUGGGCACAGAGUGCAGCUAUGACUAUGUGUUUGUUUAUGAUGGAGAUUCCUUUCGCUCACCGCUUCUGGGUAGCUUUAGUGGCAAGACCGAGCCACAGCAGGUGACAUCAUCAUCUGGUUAUAUGUUAAUAUUAUUAUAUAGUGACACAAAUUAUGUCCUAGACGGUUUUCAUGCAGAAUUUUCGGUCACGGAUUGCCCGAACAAUUGUACUCAUCAUGGAAAAUGUAUUAACAAUACGUGCUUUUGCGAAAACGAUUGGGGAGGUAAAGAUUGCUCUCGAGCUCUCUGUGCAAACAAUUGCAGCAACAACGGUAUUUGUGGGGUGAAAAGAUGCGAAUGCAAGGCCGGCUAUUCCGGACAAUCUUGUUCGUUGCAUCAAACGAAUCCAGAUGGAAAUCGAUGGCAUUGGCUUUCGCAUUCAGAAGGUGGACUCAGACCACGCGCAGCUCAUACAGCGAUCUAUGUUCAGGAAACAGACUCACUUUAUGUUUUCGGCGGCUACGAUCUCAAUUAUAUACUCAGUGACUUAGAAAUAUACAGGUUUAGCACAAGUCAAUGGGAAGACGAAUAUGGAAAUGUAUUAGAAGGCGCAACAUCUGCCGAGUAUCUGGAUCCAACAUUGAUCGCUAUGGAAUUACAACGCAAUCCUGGUGCCAAAGAGAUAUACGGCCUACCGACAUCAACUUUAAUUUGGAAGCUACUUUAUAGCAUCAAAGAUAAUAAUACAUUAGGUCAACACGGUUCGCGAGAAUUUAGGAAUAUGCAUAAAGACAAAGAGAACGAGAAGAGCAGAAGUACCAUUAGGAUCGAUAGGAACGAUGAUCCCAGGAGAAAGCAUCCACGACAUGUAAGACCACGAUAUUCACAAAUAUCAACAAGAUAUCGCAGAAAUUUGGAAAACUUGUACAAAGAACACGAUGCAACGGAUAUGCAGAAUGACGACGUGAAAUGGGAAGAGCGAAUUGUGGAGGGAUCCGCAGAAGAAAACGUUUUUGAUCCAGAGUAUCCGAAAGUAACUACUGAUUCACUAAAAGUGGAAGUUACAGAGCCAACUAUUGAUGAAUUACCCAAACCAAGUCCUCGAUAUGGUCACGCUGCAUGUAAAUACCAAGAUGGUUUUGUGAUCUACGGAGGAAAGGUACAAGAUGGUUCUCUAUCGAAUGAACUGUGGCAUUACAAUGUGAAAAAACGCAUGUGGACUUUACGCGCUAAAAAUUCCCCCUUCUACCCGCCUAGACUUACAAGGCAUACUCUAACUUUAGCAGGCGAUUACAUUUAUCUAUUCGGAGGUAGUACCGUUGACGGAGAGUUUUCAUCCAGUCUUUAUAAAAUUAAAUUGCGCUUAGCGGAUUUUACUGCAAUCAAUGAGAGGUGGAUAGAAGUACGACCGCGAGGCGGUAAGGAACUUGACGUACGCGUGGUAGCACAUUCGACUGUAUAUCAUUAUGCUACCAAUUCUCUCUUGGUGUACGGCGGUGUAGCCGCCAGCGUCGCCCGUUUCAGUAAAUUGUCGGACCGAAUGUUCGUCUUUCAGCUGGACAGAAAGGUCUGGUCCGAGAUUGAUUAUCCACAGGCACACUUGCGAGAUACAUACGUACCGAGAGAACGCGCGUUCCAUACAUGUAGUAUCAUAGGAAAUUAUCUAGUAGUGUUUGGCGGAUAUUCCCAUAGACAUAACAAGGAGGAGAUCUGUUACGAUAAUCAAAUGUAUCUUUAUCACCUUGGCUGUCAUACUUGGGUGAGCCACGAUGUAUUAGGCUUAAACGAGGUUAAGGCAAAUAAGGAUUCUCGUUAUCCUAAGCAACAAGGUGUAUUUGCUCAUGCGGCAGAUGUGCGUAAUGGAAAUACUUUGCUGCUUGUUGGUGGAUAUCAUGGUAAUGUAAAUGCGGAUCUUCUCGCAUACACUUUGCCGCCUAUGUUAGCACCUGGAGACACGGAUUACAGGGAGCCAGAGCAAAUUUGCGUGAACCAUAGGAGCCUAAUGGAAUGCGCAGCAAAUCCUGAAUGUGGCUGGUGUUCCGCGGAUGAGACGUGCUACGGUCGGACAAUAGGCAGCAAUUGCACAACGAAUCUACAGACGACGCGCUGUCCGGGAGUCUGUCCUGCCCUGGGUGACUGUCAUUCUUGCCUAAUACAUGGCCAGCCCGGUGGUGGUUGGGGCACAAAUUUCCGCGGCAGAAAGUCCGUUUCAAAUAAACUAAAUUUGGGAACGUGCACGUGGUGUGUCCAAAAUGCUCGCUGUCAUCACAAAGAUGAUAAUUAUGGAGUGUGCGGUCUGCGGGACGACACGCCAUCGCAGAUACCGGGCUGGUGGGGUUCGAAGGGCACAGAGAUUACUAAGGUUGAAGAAUGUCGAGAGAUGGACAAGAGGCCGGGUUUGACUUUUCUCACAUAUAGACCACCAGUUAACUUUAGUCAGCCCGACUCAGUAGCCAUAGUGAACGCGACCACGGUCGACUUCACUAUUCUACCUACGCAAGGUGCGAAAACAGAAUCGGCGUUGGGCGGCGAAAUGAUCGCCAGAUUGACUGGCUUCCUUAGACCGCCAUAUUACUUUUGGGAUAGUGCAGCGGAGCAUCUGAAGAUCUGCGUCAGUUAUAACAGUGCGACACUUCACGUAUCACGAAACGAUGAACCUGAUAAGUUGGAACUGGUCGCCAAUUUAACCGCGGAGACAUCGCAGUGUAUACCAAUGAAAUGGCCAGACGGAUAUCCGAUGGAGCUGCAGCCGGGCCGUUAUUUGUUGGACUUUGAGUCGAAAAGAAUGGUGACCGCGAGUUAUGCUUCUGCGAGUAAAAUGGAGAUUACUCAUAACAAGAAGUUAGAGAAUUCGAAAGUAUUCACAUUCGAGUACUUGGAGCCGUAUCAAAACGGCUCUUGCCAUCAAUAUGGCAACUGUCUGCAUUGCUUGACUGACUCUUCAUGCGGUUGGUGCGACAUUAUCAGUCAAUGUCUGCCGCGCUCUGCCAACGAGACGGAGAGCUGCGCGGCAGAUGUGGAAUGGGAUGAGGAGCGCGGUGAGGCAAUACGCGAAUGGCGCUACUUAACAAUCACGCCAUCGGCAUGCGCUAAUUGCUCCAAUUACAUUUCCUGCGAGUCAUGUGUAAGCACUAAUCUGUGCGAAUGGUGGACGGAGGAAGCGAGGUGUUCGCGAAUCGCUCGACUACCCAAUGCCGUGGUGAGUCUGGAUCAGUGUCCAAUUCCAUGUCGACAACGCUCCAACUGUACACAAUGUCUGGACGAGCGUGGUAGAUGUGUAUGGUGUGAAGCCACGCGGGAGUGCUUCUCGUUUUCCGUGUACACAUCGGAAUAUCAGUUCGGCUUGUGCCGAGAAUGGUUGGAUCAAGCAGGCCUAAUGGGUGUCACGUCGCGUAGCGACUCGUCGCUUACCGGCAAUGAUCAGUGCAAGAGUUGCAGUCGGCACUUCAACUGCUCCAGCUGCUUGCAUUCGCUCAGCUGCGGCUGGUGCUACAGCCUGGAGAAUCCCAUUACCGGUGUGUGCGUUCAGGGUGAUUUCAAUCAGGCUCACGUCAACUGCAGCACGAUCAUCAACGAGUAUCGGAACAGCAGUCUGAAUGCCGACGAGUCUGGUUGGGCGUAUGCACAGUGCCCGGACGUGGAUGAGUGCGAUCUCGGCUUGCACGACUGCCAUCCCGAUGCGCUUUGCACCAAUACCCAUGGUAGCUUUAGCUGCCAAUGCAAACGUGGCUUUAAUGGUGACGGCAAGGAGAAUUGUACCAAGACUUGUUACGAGAGGUGCGUCAACGGAUAUUGCAGCGAGGCGCCGGAUUACAAGUGUGAAUGCAAUCUAGGUUGGACCGGACCGGAUUGUCGGACCAACUGCGGCUGCUACAACCAUUCCACGUGUCUGCAGGGACCAGGCAUCUGUGACGAGUGUCAAGACUGGACAACUGGACGCUACUGUGAAGAAUGUAAGGCAGGAAGUUAUGGGAAUGCAACAACACCGUUAGGUUGUCGUAAAUGCAACUGCAAUGGGCAUGGCGACGUAACUCUCGGCAUUUGCGAUCAGCAGACCGGCAUGUGUUUCUGCCGCGAUAAUACCGAAGGCGAUAAGUGUCAACGCUGUAAGCGGGAUUACUAUGGUGACCCGCGUAACGGUGGGAUGUGCUACUACGGCUGCAUGUCUCGAGGUAUGCUGGGCGGCGAAGAAACCGGCAAGCAAGGUCUUGGUAGUCGACACUCUCAAUCUUCGCUUUGGGAUAAUUAUAUGGGUGACUCACCAACGAGAGAGUGCCUCUGGAUUGUCAGUCCCGAAACGGAUCUUUCUUUAGAUGCAACAACUUCGGCGAUUCAAAGCGUGAUACAAUUCACUAUUCACGAUGACAUCAAUGUGAGUUGCCAGGAGAACAGUGUGUACGUGUACGACGGUCUGCCCGAGUUUGUCUCAUCUACCGGUGGCCAUCAAAGCCAACUACUGGGCGUGUACUGCACGGAGAGCACCAACUAUCCAGUGACAGUGGAGGCCAAAUCUGGAUUUUUAACAGUGCACUAUAAGCAACUGGACGAAGUGGAGGGUUUCAAUGCAAGCUAUGUAAUAAUGACAUGCAAUAAUUGCCCGGGGAACCGUGAAUGUCGCAACGGCAACUGUCUUUGUAAAUCCGGUUACGUCGGUAUCAACUGUGACGUGGAGACCUGUCCGGAUAAUUGUACUGCUUCCGAGAAACGCGGCGUCUGCGACAAAGGUUACGGACGUUGCGUUUGUGUACCGGGCUACGGUGGUCGUGACUGCUCUAUCCAACUCAAUAACACCCAAUUGAUAUUCACGGAACUUUUUAAUUCAGAAUAUUUGACCGAUCAUCUGGACCACUUGAGAAAAACGCUGCCGCGCUUCGGGCACAGUCUAGUGGCUGAUCGACGUGGCAGUCUCUGGAUGUUCGGUGGUUACUCACUGAGCCACGGUCCUCUGAAUGAUAUUAGACUCUUCGAUACAAAGAACAAUACGUGGAUGCCAGUGACAGUAGAAUCUACGUCGGAGGCGUCUAUGCCACAGGGGCGUUACUUUCAUGCCGCUGAAAUUGUACAUAGUAGGCAACAAAUCUACGUCUACGGUGGUCUAUCUAUGAAGGAUGAGGACGUACAAGGGCUGUCGAACAACACUCUCAGCGACUUCUGGAAAUUCAGUUUGCAAAACCAACGAUGGAGCCAAAUUGUGCAGGAGGAAUCAAAGAAAGAGCCGCUGCCUUUGGCUGGUCACACGUUAACCUUACGCAGGGACGGAGAAUCGGAGAGUCUGAUUCUUAUCGGUGGCUUUAGUCCUAAAUAUGGGUACCUAGACACGGUCUGGGAAUUUAAUCUAGAGACUGAGACCUGGGAUACAGUGAACACUGUAGGAAACGGACCUCUAGGUAUUUACGGUCAUUCUACGGUAUAUCACAGUAAGUCCGAUAGUUUCUACGUUUUCGGUGGCUACACCUAUGCGGUAAAUAGAACGUUUAUUUCAAACAAAUUGUAUGCCUUGGAUUACAAGACACGAACAUGGUCUGUACUGCCACCAUUUGAAGACGAUGUUACCGAUGGCAGCAGUUUACCUCAAGCUAGAUUCCUUCAUUCCGCGGUUACGACGGACGAAUAUAUGGUGAUAUUUGGCGGCCGACAAAAUCCUCACAAUACCUCGGACUCGUUAAUAGCAUACAAAUAUUCAUGCAACCUGUGGAUACGUUUGAUAACAAAAGACAUGGAAACGAUCGGCAGUCCGCCACCACCAGCGUAUGCCCAUGCGAUGACUCACGCCGAUCCAGAGUCGAACGCCGUUUACGUUGUCGGUGGCUUUGACGGUGGUAUUAAGAGUCACGUUACGUUGAUCAGCAUACCGGAGGAUCUGUGCAAUCUGUGGAAGGAUAAAACCACAUGCAGGAAAUAUUUUGGUUGCUCAUUCUGCGCUGUCACUACUCUCAAUGGCACCAAUACUUCUUUCUGUUUCUCGAACGAGAUAUCGAGUAAUCGAGGCGACAAGUGUGACAUCAACGUGACUCAAGCUCAACGAUCGAACGGAAUAUUCUGCAAUUCGGAGUGGAUGGCAAGCAGGAAGUGCCAGAACUUCAGAACCUGCACGGAAUGUCUGGCGGAAUGGCCGUAUUACAAAGACAACAAGCCGAUUUGCAAGUGGUGCACCAAUUGUCCGCACGGCAAGUGCAUCCCGUCAGACAGAGAUUGCGACGAGCAUCUAUCGGAGCUAAGCAAAUGCAGCGUGUCGGUAAGUAACGUGAAUCUAUGCGGGGAACGGUUGUGUCCGGCGAGCGACUGCGAAAAAUGCAACAAUUUGGGCAGCUGCGUGUGGACGAGGCAGGUACUGAAGACUAACGAAUUAGGACUGAAGCUAACGGGCGAGCCUGUCUACGACUGGAUCUGCGUUCUGGAUGAUAUAUUCGAGCGGUCCAGCAUCAAAUUAAGCAGCACGCAGUGUGAGAAGAGGUGCUCCGAGCACAAAGACUGCAGAAGUUGUCUGAAGGGUACCGGAGCCGAAGGUGGAUGGAGCGAAUGUAGGUGGUCCACGCAAUUGAACGAGUGUAUCUCUCCAUCGUAUCAGCCGCUCUACUGCGCCGGUGGUGUUUGCGGUUUGGUGUUGCGUAGCGCGGACAUGGACCAUUGCCCGGAACCGUGCUCUGUGUUCAAGCAGUGUAGCACCUGUCUGAAGCAUUCGCAUUGCGGCUGGUGCUCCUUGGAUUCUGCUAAUGUAACCGGUCAAGGAAUAUGCACGGAAGGAUCACUCGAGGCACCGGCGGACCAUCCGGCGGGUGGUACUUGCGAAAUGCUUUAUCGUCAACACUUCCCGGAGGUCGAGGCGCCGAUCACCACAACGUUGCAUCCGUAUCACGUUGAGAUGUCCUUAGAAGCACAGGACAAUGUUACGAUGUCAUUGUUGAACGCGUUACCGAAACCAGAGUUCUCGUGGCAUUAUGUCCGUUGUCCGCCGGAGAAUGAAUGCGAGAAUGGACACCACACGUGUUCGCCAAAGAGCGAGAAGUGUUUCGAUUUGGAGGAAGGCUUCGAGUGUAAGUGUGGAGAUGGGUAUAAAACUGAAACUACUUGGGGAAACGACUUUGGUAAGAAAAUCUGCGUGCCCAUGUGCACACAGGGUUGUGUGAGAGGCACAUGUGUGAAGCCCGACCUGUGUCGUUGUGACUUCGGUUACGUCGGCUCGAACUGCUCCAUCCAAUGUCAAUGCAACGGCCACAGCGAUUGCGCCGGUCCGGACAAGCUCGAUAACUGUACGAAAUGCCACAACAACACGAUGGGAAAGCAAUGCGAAAAGUGCCUGCCUUUGUACGUCGGAAAUCCUGCGGACAACGGUCAGUGCGUGCCGUGUCUCGAAUACUGCAACGGGCACACUCGGAUUUGCAUCAACGACAGCAUGACCGUGCCCGAUCCGAACUCGGUAGACAAGAUGUCGAUAGAGAAACUCAGUAGGCAGCUGGGUGAAGGACCGGUGGCAAAAGCGAAGUGCAUCAACUGUGGGAACAAUACGAGAGGCGACAAGUGCGGCGAAUGUAUGACUGGCUACUUCCGGGGGACGGAAGAUCUUCGAGAUGUGUGCCGGCCAUGCGAGUGUCAUGGUCACGGCUUCACGUGCGAUCCUGUGACCGGUGAGAAGUGCAAUUGCGGCAACAACACCGAGAGCGAGCCAUCCUGCAUCAGCGGUCCUAUAAAGGGCACAAACACCGGCGGCACUCCAUGCUGGAUGGUACAAUGCAGCAAGUGCAGAGAAAACUACGCCGGCACCCCAACGAUGGGCCAUCAGUGCUACAAGACUGUCACAGUCGAUAAUAAAAUGUGCUUUGACUCAAAAUUAAUAGGUUUAUCUUACGACGAGUGCAAGAUGAAGCCGAAGCCCCUAAAUCCUGGCCAAACCGUCUUCUACAUGGUGCAACCACGAUUCAUGAACGUGGACAUCAGAGUGAUGGUAGAUGUUACCCAAGGUGCCUUGGAUCUGUUCUUGAGUCCUCGAGACGAUUCCUUCGUCGUCAAUUUAAACUCAUCGACUGGAUAUCAAGAUGUCGAGCUAGAUAACAGAUUCAGAUUGCGGCCUGAUCAACCUAAUAAUAGAUUCCGGAUCGUUGAGUUUCAUCCUCACUUUGGAAUGAUUAACGGCACCACCACAGAACCGACCCGAUGGAACACUGGACAGCAGUAUUACGUGAUGGAACGCUGGCUCGAGAACGAUCUGGCUAGCUUUCUGACAAUCGAGAGACGAAACACCUUUCUGGUGAUCCGUAAUCUAACGAAUCGACUGGUACUGACAUUGCCGCAAGACAAGCACGAGCUGGGCCAAACCAAAUUUCACAUCGCGCUACGAGCAAUCGACCCGGUUAAUCCGGAACUGAAUGGUCGCGCCGCCUAUGGGAUGAUCUUCUUCCGUCAGGAUCAGUUGCACAUCGAUCUGUUCGUUUUCUUCUCGUGCUUCUUCUCCUGCUUCUUCUUGUUCUUGGCAAUAUGCGUGGUCGUGUGGAAGGCAAAGCAGACGGCAGAUUUACGCCGUGCUCGACGUCGUCACGUUGUGGAGAUGUUACACAUGGCGAAACGACCAUUUGCUUCCGCAACGAUACUCUAUGAUCGGGACGGCGGCGAGUGUAGCCCGAGCUCGCCGCAACGUAAGGGCAGGCGGGGCAAGCAUGUGAGUUUUCACAGCGACGUGAGGCCGGUAGCUGUUGAACCUACUGAUGACGGUGUCGCGGCGGUGGCAACAGUGUUCAUCAGGCUACCCGGCGGCCGCCAAGCACCCGUCAAACUGGCUUUGGGCAGCUCGCUCAUACUCUUGACUAGAGUCUACCCAGUCAACAGCAGAGUGUUUUUAAGACGUAGAAAUAGUCAUGCGACGAACUGAACCCACGUUACUGUGGAAUCUCGAUCUCGACGGCUUUCGAGUUCCACAUCUCGGGUUCCGGUAUUCUCAUUGAACUCUUCUCGAGCAUCGAUAAGAGUCACCGAUGUUUGAACAAUCUGCUACAGAAUGUAGCUGUAAUAAAAUUUAGGUAUAAUGGACCUGGAAUUAGUCUUUAGAUUUAACGGGCAGCCUCCCUUUUUGGGACAGUUUUAACACGAUAAAGAUAAUGAAUGAGAUGAACUCAGGAUGUAUAACGGAAAUAUGAAUUUUAACAAAAUACGUAUUUUACUAUCGAAACAUCGCUUACAAUUUUAUCUUUUUUGUUGAAAAUUUGUUCUGUUUCUUUUUUAUUGAUCUCACACAUAUUGAUUGGCAAUAAGAACAAUACUACUGAAUCUAUCGAACACAGGUAUAUAAAAUAAAUACUAACUGUAAUAUUCCGCCGAAUUUUAUUACGAAUAUUGGAUCCAUGGAUCCUGAAAUCGUCGAAGAUUUUUCGAAUCAUAGAUAAAAUCAAAUAUAUAUAUCUAAAAAUACGUAAAAAUGACGUAAAAAUUUGUAUAAUUAAUUGAAGAUUUUUAUAUAUAGUUGGGGCUUAGAUAUAAAUAUAUUCUAUAUUUAUUGAGGGCCAGAGAAAAGCGUACUAAAAGUUUGAAUUCUAAAUUGCAAAGAAUGUAAGAAUAUGGACAAGAACCAGCGGAUCCAAGGAUCUUAUAUCGUAAAUCUGUAAAUCGAGCAAUUUUUUUUUAAGAGAUUUAAUAUUGUAUAAGUAGUCAUACAAGACGAUCGAUCGUAAGAUUAUUUAAUCUAAAUAUAAUAUAUUGUCGUAUACCAUUCCAUGACGAGACUGUACGUUUGUAUAUACAAUAAUCUCUGUAAUUAUGUAUUAAUUCGUACUUUAUACAUUUUUGUAGAAACAUUUUACAAGGUGUGGCUUCGUGUCAUGGAACAUUCGUGACUAUUCUCGGAAGCGGGUGAAAUCGAUUUCGCGUGAUUCGUAUCGGUUGAACGAACAGUAUUAGAAUUGUUGAUUAGAGACGGAGCUCAACGAUGCGUGCGUUAACAAGGUUCCUAUGCCAAAUUGAUUAGAAUGGAUGUGUUGAGCGUCCUAAAUAUAAUAAUAUAUUAUUUAUCAUAAGUGGGUGAAGACAGAAGAUUUUAUUUGGCAAAGAGAUGUACAUAUACACAUGAAAGUUGUAAAUGCGUGUUGUAAACUUUUAUAACUGGCGUCGUUGGCGUAACUGAUUGAAAAACACUCUACUCGAUAUGAUAGGUGAUUUUUUUUUAUCAAAGAUAACAAUUAUAUGUUAAUCAAAACAUAUAAGUAAUGUGAAUGUCGUAACAAUAUUGGCAUUGACGUGCUUAAUAAUUAUCAUUAGAAGCACAAAAAUGGGAUAAUGCAGGGAUAAUGUUUUAUUUGAAAUUCAAAAACUGCAAAAGUAUAUAUUUAUGCAUACAGAACCAAUAAUAUCGCAUUGCUCGUACAAGAGCUGCAAAAAUUAAAGAAUGCAAAACAAAAGAGCAUAAACGCCGAUUAAUCAGACAAUUUUUAUAUAAAUACAAAAAGAUAUAGAAGCAAAAAUUUACAGAAAUAGAAGUUUGUUUCUAUAAAUACAUGUGAAAGAUUAAAUUUGUGUGUAUAUAUAUCUAUGUGUGUAAAAAAAUGUCUAUGGGUAAAAGAAGCUAGAGUUUAGAAAUUAAGGAUUUGUAGAUCAAUAAAUGGUAGGAAAGUAGAAUAAAUAACGGAUAACGCCAAGAAUCUGUGAAAUUAAAGAUUUGCGAAUUGAAAACACCUGAGCAUUACGCGAUUACAUAUCACAAGUUUAAAUCUAUCUCAUAUAUAUAAUAUAUUAUUAUAUUAUAAUUGUAUAACGAAUACGUAAUAUUUCAUGCUUGAAAAAUUCUCGACUUCAAAGAAACAAUGAGAUAUCUCUUUAUUAUCUCAUUUAUGUGCUUUCGUAUCUGAACUAGAGUAACAUAAUGGCGUUGAGUAGCAGAAUGAGAAUCUAAAGGCCUCUUUUAUGUGGAUGCGUUUUCUUGUUGUAAUAUCGCAUAAAUGAGGCACGUGUAAGCAACAAGGGCUUCGGUAUCCUAUAUGCCAUCAAAUGGCUGAAAGAAUGCACGAGUGCUCCUCGACCAGAAAAUAACAUUCGUUGAUUAAUUAUUAAGCAAACACAUCGACGAUACGACGCGACUAAUUUGUUGAAUCUCAGAGUCUUUUCUUGUCAUAUAAGUCUCGUCAUUACGCGCAACGCAAGUGGACCUUUUGUUAUAUGUCACAACAUACUUCAGGUGAAACUACCUGCUCGUCGCAGUUCCUCUCUUUUUCUCUCUAUUUUCUGCGAUACGCAGCUAGAUCUAUAAAUCGAAAAAUCCACUAAAUGCGAUUUUUGCGAAACAUAAAAGCAAUGAUCUUUAAAACCAAGAAAUUAUGGAAAGAACACCUCACUAAUUGCAUAAAAAAUUGGGUUCCGAUAAAUUAAGUUGGAUUUUAUAUAUGGUGUAGUUUAUAAUCUGGUGAACAAAAGAUAUCUUAGACAUCAGACUUAAUAAUGGAUAGUUUUUGAGCUGUAGUUUAUCAAAGGUGUAAAACUCGUUCUGUAUAAUAUAUAGUGUCCAAUUGAUUUUAUAUCUUACAGAGCACCAAUCUUACUUUAUGGGAUAAAUAGCCCGAUUAUGAGUGGCAAUGUCUCAAAUAUUGGCAAUCUGAUCUUACAUAUGUUUUCAAUAUAUAUUAUAUUACAAAGAUUUACAUUUAUUUUUAUUUGAAUUCUCAAGGAAUUUACUUAUCGUUAUAAAAGUUUUUCAUCCGAUAUUACUAAACAUUCUAAAAAAUGAAAAAGCAGUACGAAAAUGAGUAAUUUUAAGUUAAAAUUAACAAAAGUGUUAUUGGAACUGUUCAAUAAUGUAAACUUAAAAAUAAAUAAAAGAAGCAAAAUAUUGAAUAAAUUAUAUAUAAGUACAUUAUAAUUAAUCGAUAGUACAUACAUAGUUUUUGAUACUGUUCCUAAUACUGUCAACUAUAUUUCCAGUCAAUAUAAUGUUGAGAAAUGGAUUAUAAAACGUUUCAAAGAUUCUUUAAAACGUCUUAUAAUCCAAUUUUGAACUUUGUGUUUAGGUUAGAUGUAAAUUUAAAAGUGAAAGUAACUUUGACAUUGUAUUUUAAUUUAAUAAGCUGAAUGCUUAAUUGAUGUACAUGUAUAUGAUUAUUCGGUUUUUUAAAGCAUCAUACAAAGCUCACAAAGAAAUUUAAAGAGAAUUUUUUUUUUUUUUUUUUAAUAUAGUAAAACCAAAUAGUUCUUGUUAAUUAUUUUAUUAAAUUUAAUUUAGAUUAAUAUCUAUCAAAUAAAAACUGUCAACUUAACGGUCAUUUGAUUGCCAGAAAUAUAGUCAAAAGAAUGUUAAAAUUAUCAAUAUUAGGAGCAAUAAUUUCGGCAAUUGCUUUAUUUAAUAAAAUUAGUAUUUUUAUUGAAGUAAUUAAAUUUUUCAUUAAAAUGCUGUAAUAUAAAAAUUAAAAAAAAAACAAUCUUUAAUAAAUUAAAAUGUCAUCAGUCAAAUAUAUACUUAAAGUAAAAAUCUUUUAAUUUAUCAACAAUUAGGCCGUUUAUCCUACAUAGCACUCAUGCUAUGAAACAAAAAUAAUAGAAAAAUGUUCAUGAACUUAAUCGAAGUACAAGUGAUCUUCAAUAGUGUUCCCCUGCCACAUUCACGUUGUUCAUUAUUGAUCCUAGCCGAAAGUAGGACUAUGAAAACAAUAAUUUUUUGUAUUAAUAAUAAUUUUUCAAAAUAAUUUAAAAAUGAUGAGAUUGAAUGAGACACAUGUUUUGAAAAAUUUCCAAAAUACGUCAAAGUUGCACUAGUUCUACACUGUAGAAUACAAGUUUUCAAUCUCUGAACGACUGUUCAUUAUUAAAUCUGAUGUUUAUGGCAUAAUUUUAAGGUCCAUCAAUGCUUCAUCGAAUGUUCAGUAAUCUAAACUCUAGCAAUGUGCAUUAAUUCUUCGCUUUUCAAUAUCGCCUGUAGAUCCUUCGAAGUUACAUGAACGCUGAGGUUUAAAGUUCCUCCAAAACUCGCAUAAAUUUCGAGGACUUUGCGAAACCUAUGUACAUUCUAAGGACUUAUGUAGGAUUGAAGAGAUUAACGAAAGGAGAAAAAUUGAAAAUUACUCGACAUUAUCCGCGCAAAGUCACAAAGGAUCGUUAGAAUUUUCAUUUGUUCAUUUGCACACAUGAGCAAUCGCGCUGUCCUAAAUACUCAUACGGCGUGGUGCCGUGUAAGCAUGUAAACUUGACUAAAGUACACAGAAUAUGUCGACAGUAUAUGUAUAUUUACAUAGGUUUACAUGCAUAGAGAUAAUUAUAUAUAUUAUAUAUACACAUAUGAAAAAAAAUACGAGUAUAAAUACGAGACCGGUGAAUGUGUAAUUUUUCGGUUGUACAGAUUCGAGCGUUAUUUCCGAAAUAUUCUAUUUUAUAUAUUAUUAUUACAUCGCGUCGUCGAUAGUAGAGAGCGAUAAUCUUCCAAUGCCGGCAUUGAAUCGCUAAGAAAACCGGAGAACAAACGUAAUCGGGGACAUACCGCUUCGUAACGAAGGAAUAAAAAAAGGGUUGUGAAACGAAGAAAAAAAAAAGAAGCAGAAAAUGAAGUAUAAAGAGCGGCGUUUGUCAGACUUUCGAUACAAUUUUACGUGCAAUUUAUCUUCUAGUUCACGCCGUGAGGAGAAACGUAAGGUUGUGCAAACGAUGAUUAAUAAAUUGUAUUGUGGAAGCUUUAAUAAACGUACGUAAAACCGAAGCUUUCAUUUGGAGCUUAUAAUCCCUCAAUAGAUACAUAUUACUCGUUUUAUCAUUUUUUCAAUACAUUUUUGAUGUACGUACUACUUGUACAUACUUGUAAUAUUCAUAAAUUCAAGAACGCUUUCGAUUUUUUCACAUCUCACGAAAAAUAUCUCGGAAAAAAAACCGUAGCAGUUUUCCACAGAAAUGCAUUUUGAGAAAAGAUUAAACUUUUAAACCGAUUUUUUAAUUUUUUAAUAUAUGUGUGGGUGUGUGUGUGUGUGUGUGUGUGUGUGUGUGUAUAUAUAUAUAUAUAUAUAUAUAUAUAUAUAUAUAUAUAGCUUAUUCUAACAUUGGACAAAAAUUAUCAGAAAAGUAUUUUAAAGUAGACUUAAUGCUUUUUUCAAAAAAAUUGAUUUCGCAAUGAUAUCGAACUUUUUUUCUUAAAACUCUUUUUUUAAAUAAAAUGUUUUUAACUUCGAAAGAAUUUAAAAACGAAAGAAAAUGUUUAAAGAUUUUUAUAUUUCAUGAGAUGCAAGAAGUAAGUGUUCCUGAAUUUAUAAACGAUAAUGUACAUCCUACUACUUUUUUUCCUUUUGUAGGCGAAAUAAUCGCUCAAACAUACUAAUAAACUGUAAAUCAUAUAAUUAUUAUUA